AGACCAUAAUGAUGUAAUGACACUCAUGAAUACAUCAAGUUGAGACACGCCCGUCUUUUGGGAGUUGCCACAGUGGCUGUUUGACACGCAGUCGUGACCAAGGAAGACAAACUGAGAAGACAGCAUGCACUGCAAUGAGAACCUGAUCAACUAUCUUAGCUUUGGGAUCAUCCUUGCAGGACUGUGGCAUCUGUACCACCACAAGAAAUACCAAGCUUGCUAUGGCCGCCACUUGGCACAAACUCCUCAAACCAGAUUGGUCCCGGCCCGACUGGCUUGGUUCCUCCAGGAGUCCCCAGCUCUUCUUGUUCCUCUGCUUCUGAUGCUCACGUCACAAAAAACCUCCAGCGUGGGGAGGGUGCUCCUACUUGGAACCUUUUGCCUGCACUAUUUUCACAGAACAUUCAUCUAUUCACUCCUGACUAAAGGAAAACCGUUCCCCCAGGAUGUGAUGUUAGGAGCAGGUUUCUUCUGCUCCGUGAAUGGAUUCUUGCAGGGCCACUACUUGCUGCAUUGUGCUCAGCUGGAUGAGCAGAUGUCUGACUGCUGCGUUCGCAUUGGCUUACUAUUGUUUUACACGGGGAUGGCCAUCAAUAUUCACAGCGACUACAGCUUACGUAACUUGAGGAAACCGGGAGAAGCGAUUUACAAGGUCCCAACAGGAGGCUUCUUUGAAUAUGUGUCCGCUGCCAAUUACUUUGGAGAGAUUCUUGAGUGGUUUGGGUAUGCCGUGGCUACUUGGGGCCUUCCAUCGUUUUCUUUUGCAGUGUUUACUGCAUGCUUCAUCGGACCAAGAGCCAUUUACCAUCACAGGUUUUACAAGAGGAACUUCAAGGACUACCCAAAGUAUCGAAAAGCUUUGAUCCCCUUUCUACUUUGAGGAGAAGCAUUAAGAUGUCUACCCAUCAAGCGUGGUCACAGUGAGUCACGUUGAAAACAUCAUGCAUGGAUAUGAUGCAGGAGUGCUACACUCUUGUCUUACUAGAUUGCAAUCGUCCGAUAGGACAGUUAUUGGUCCUAAGGAUUCAGCGAAGGUGGCAUCCAAUUAACUGCUCUCUCUCCUAGACGGGUUCCAACCAGGUCCAAAGGAUAAAAUACAGAGAAUUGUGGAGGUAUUCUUUGGGCUAGGAAAUAAAACUAACACGAGGUCACUUUUAAGUAGCACACUAUCUUCACCAUAUUGUAAAGUAAAAGGAAGUAUACUGUAUGUUGCUUCAGAGAUAGAAAUAGAAAACUUUUCGGUUAUCAGAAAAUACAGGAAUAAACAUGGUGGGGGCGUUUGUAUGUAUAUUCACCAGGAUAUAAAAUACAUAACUCGCACUGAUCUUAACCACAAUGACCUUGAAUCUGUGUGGGCGGAAAUCAAAUUUUAAAACGCUAAGCCGGUACUGAUAGGGACUGUUCACAGACCCCCUAAUCAGAGUGAUUUCUAUGGGGCUUUGGAGAAGUGCUUAGCUGGGGCAGACAACAUGGAGAAAAUUAUAACUGGGGAUCUGAACACAGAUAUUCAACGCAGAGAUGCGCCUGUCUUCAGAUCCUACAGCAAGUUUUGUAAUCGACACAGUCUUUCCCAGCUAAUAACACUACCUACAAGGGUGUGUGAUUCCACCCAAUCAACCAUAGAUCUCAUUCUCACUUCAGACCGGCUUAAAAUAAAAAAUAGUGGGGUCAUGAUCUGUGGUCUUAGCGACCACUAUCUAACCUUCUGCACCCGCAAAAUAGCUAAACCCAAAGCCAAUGGCCACAUAACAGCCCAAUCCAGAUCCCUUAAAAAAUACUACAGUGAUAAUAUCAUUUUAAAAUUAGAAGAGUGGGACUGGUCCCCUGUGCUCACGAGCAACCUGGUCGAUGUUGCUUGGGAUCGCUUCAAAACAGCGUUCCUAAAGAUGCUAAAUGACAUGGCUCCCGUGAAAACAGUCAGGAUCAAAGCCCGCUCUGAACCAUGGAUGAAUCCGGACCUACUAGCUGCCAUAAAAGACAAAGACAGAAAAUACUCCGAAUACCAUAAGUGUAAAACAGAAGUAGAUAAACAACCCAAUAAUAACAACCUCAAAUCACUCCUUUCAACUCUCAAAAAGCAAUGCAAUAAA